ACACACUACGCUGCAAUACUGUAAUCGCUACGACAACAUAACACAAAAAAGCCUCAAGCUAUAAGCUAUAAGCAAAAAUGGGGCUAACAAAAAAAAUACCCACGGUGCUAUUAACAAAUGGGAGCAAUUAGAAGAUCCUUCUUCUCCUGUCGUUGGUUAUACAAGAGAAAUUUUGUUUCCUUCAGCUUCAAAAUGAGUGGGGAUUAUAAAGAUACAGCGAUGGUGGUGCUAGGCUGCUAGUGCCGAGUUGCUGCGUAUCUAUGUUUUGACCCUCAGGCACAGCGAACGGCUUAAAAACGGUGCGUAUCAGAGGGUUUGAAUUGAAAAACGAUUCUAUUUGGCGGGUAAAGUCUGGAAAAACUCAGUUCAGGUCUUUUUAAUGCUACCCUUAAGCGAAGCUUCUUUCUUAGCAACUCUAAUACAGAAGUGUACCACCAUUACCUCCCUUAGAAAAGCCCGGCAACUCCACGCUUUAAUCUUAACCACCACCGCCUCCACCGGUUAUGCCCAAUCUCCGUACCCCAAUAACAAUCUCAUUGCUAUGUAUGCGCAUUGUGGUUCUGUUUUAUACGCGCAACAGCUGUUUGACAGAAUGCCUCAAAGAAAUGUUAUUUCCUAUAAUGCCCUUAUUGCAGCGUAUUCUAGAGAUCAUAAUUACGAGAUUUUGAGUUUCAAGUUACUUUCCCAGAUGGGAAUUCAAGGCCUGCGUCCUAAUGGAGCAACCUUUACAAGCUUACUGCAAGUGUGUUGUUCCCUUGAGAAUUGGUUUUUGGGCUCAAUGCUUCAUGCUCAAGUUGUAAAAUCUGGGUUUGUUAAUGAUAUUUGUGUUCAGACAUCGUUGCUUGGGAUGUACUCAAAUUGUGGGGAUUUGGACUCCAUGAAUAAGGUGUUUGGUUGUGUAGUGGAUAAAGAUGUUGUUUUGUGGAAUUCUAUGAUAUUUGGGGAGUUGAAGAAUGGGAGGAUGAAGGAUGGACUUUGUCUAUUCAGUGCAAUGCUGAGGUCUGGUGUUAUUCCUACCCAGUUCACAUGCUCAAUGGUGUUGAGUGCUUGUAGCAAAUUGCAAGGUUAUAGUUGUGGACGAGUAAUUCAUGCCCUAGUCAUUAUUUUGAAUAUACUAUCUGAUUCAGCUUUACAGAAUACCUUGCUUGAAAUGUACUGCAGCUGUGUUGAUACCAAAAAUGUUUUUAAUGUCUUUAGCAGAAUUGAGAGCCCAAGUUUAGUUUCAUGGAAUUUGAUGAUUUCUUGGUGUGCAAAAAAGGGAGAGGGAGAGAAAGCUAUGGAUAUGUUUGUCAAGUUGCUUGGAAUGUCUGUUUCUAAACCAGAUGAGUAUACUUUUACUGCAGUUAUUUCCGCUACUGCUGAAUUUCCAGCAACUGCUUAUGGGCAACCUCUCCAUGCCCAAGUUAUGAAAGCAGGGCUGCACUGGAGCGUCUUCAUAGGAACUGCACUGUUGUCAAUGUAUUUCAAAAACAGUGACACUGAAUCUGCUCAAGAGGUUUUCAGUUCGAUGAAAAAGAAGGAUGUCGUUCUCUGGACAGAAAUGAUUAUGGGUCACUCUAGGUUGGGUGAUGGGGAAAGUGCAAUAAAAUUAUUCUGCAAGAUGUGUCAGGAAGGCCUUAAGUUUGACAGUUUUGCUAUUAGUGGAGCUCUGAGUGCUUGUGCUGACCUUGCAACUUUAAAGCAAGGACAGAUGAUUCACACCCAGGCUGUUAAAACAGGAUGUGAUGCUGAAAUGUCUGUUUUUGGAAGUCUUGUAGAUAUGUAUGCAAAAAAUGGUAACCUAAAAGCUGCAGAGUUAAUAUUUUAUCAAGUUUCUAAUCCUGAUUUGAAGUGUUGGAAUUCAAUGAUCGGUGGAUAUAGCCACCAUGGAAUGGCAGAGGAGGCAAUGAUGCUCUUUGACGAGGUCUUAGAAUAUGGUCUAAGACCUGAUCAAGUAACAUUUUUGUCUCUUCUGUCUGCUUGCAAUCAUAGUGGCAUGGUUGAAAAGGGGAAGUUCUUGUGGGACUAUAUGAAGAAGAAUGGCAUUAUACCAGGUCCUAAGCAUUAUAGUUGCAUGGUAAGUUUAUUAAGUCGAGCAGGAUUUCUGGAUGAGGCAGAAGAACUUAUUGCCGAAUCAACCUAUAGCGAAGAGCAUUUGAAACUAUGGAGAACUUUGCUAAGUUCUUGUGUCAACAGAAGGAAUUUGAAAAUAGGAGUUCGUGCAGCAGAACAAGUGUUAAGACUAGAUCCACAAGAUAGUGCAACACAUAUUUUGCUUUCAAAUCUUUAUGCUGCUGUAGGGAGAUGGGAUGGUGUUGCCGAGCUGAGGAGAAAGAUAAGAGGGUUGAUUUUAGAAAAAGAUCCUGGAAUAAGCUGGAUAGAGGACAAGAAUGAUAUUCAUGUAUUCUCUUCUGACGACCAAUCAAACCCUGUGAUUGAUGAAGCUCAAGCUGAAGUGCAUAAACUACAGGGGAACAUGAUCAGAUCAGUUACGUAUGAAUAUGAAUUUAAUGCAAGGAUAUAUUCUACAUAGGACCUUUAAGACUAUCUAACAAGAACACUAUAGUUGUGUUUUCAUUUCCCAAGUGAUUGUUUAAGCAUCAAAGCUGCAAUUUGUGCAAGCUUUCCAGCCAAAUCAUGCCCAAUUGAGAGAAGCACUAUGCCUGCAGUUUAUUGAACAUGCGGCUAACUUGAGGUAUCUGAACUCUAAACCUAGGCUGAAGCAAAAGGAAUACAUCAAUCAUAUCUAUUGCAAUUUUUCAGUCCCGUUUUGUAAAGAUAUUGUAAAACGAAAACAAGUUUAUCAUAAUUAAUUGCAUGAUCGGUCUUAAGUUUGCAGAGGAA